CUCAAAAUGAUGGAAGAACGACGUCUGGCGUAUCAGCGCCGUUUAUUGGCCAUGCGCAGUGCCGCAACAUCGCUGCCCUCCAGCCAGGAGAAGGAGUUCAAUCUGCGCAUUGUGGAUCUGUACAAGAACCAGCCAUGCCUGUGGAACACUUCCCUGCCAGAGCACAAGGAUGUGGAUCUGAAGAAGAAGGCCUGGGAGAAGAUUGCCAAGGAGUUGGGCAGCCAUCUGAAUGCUGAGUUCAUCCGUUGCCGUGUCCGCGCCAUGCGGUAUCAUUUGAAUGUCUACAAACUCCAGAUGAUCGAGUACGAGAUGACCCCCGGUGUGGGCAAAGAACCAGUUAAGCCCUUCUACGUCGAUCAUUUUACUUUCCUGGAAUCGAAGGAUACGGUUAAGGAAUCUGAGGGCGAGGAAACUUCAUCCAAACCUGAAACAAAACCUAAUUCAAUCUCCGAGAAGUAUGCGAAACUUUGGUCUGACUUCAAUCUCAAAUCCUUGGCCAAAAGGGAAACCACUGCUGCUGGAAACUCUGAGGGUCGUCGCUCGGGUCAGAGCAUCUUGGAGAUGGUCAAGAUGCGCAUGGAGGCACAGAUUAAGCCCUUGGAGUUCACCAUGCCACGCCUGUCGAUCACCAAAAAGCAACAAAGCAUCCGGAAGAAUUAUAUGCUAGACUCAAGCCCUUCGGUCAGCUCGAUGGAUGUGCUUUCGGAGACACCACCCUUAUUACAGGCCCAUCCUGGUGAUUCUAUAUCGAAGACCAAGUUGGUACAGAAGAAUAGAGAUGGUGAGAAACCUUCUACUUCUAAGAUGGCUCAGGCUGAAGAGCAGGACAAUCCACAGUCUGAGGAUGAGGAGCUGUAUAACAUGCACUGGAACAUCCGCAAGGAGCAGAGAUCUCUGCGUCCUGGCAUUGAUCAGCGACAGAAGACGCCAUCGCGUCCAACAAAGAACACUGAAUCCACUCCGGAUAUAUUUUAGAAGAUAUUGGCUUUGGGCUUCAGCAAUGUUAUUAAAUUACUUCUUAUUGUGGUUGCGGAAAAAAGGAAAAGGAAGGAUUCUUAAACUGAAAAUGAAACAUAUUUUGGAAGUUAGAAUAUAGCAAAAUUGUUCAAAUCAAGAGACUGACCUGCAAAUACAAACAUAUUCCUUUCAUUCCAAACUUCUAUUAUCUCUUUGUCCUUAUAUUGAAGAUUACAACCGCGGAGUCCUUGGGUAAUCAUCUAAACGACAUGCUCUUAGCCUAUUAAGAGCACCUCCUGAGUCUCAGUCUCAGCCCAAGCCAAAUGAGGCGUAAAGAUACGCUCCCAAGUCCAGCCAUGAUUUAUGAAUAAGCCUGAAAUGAUGAUGAAAAGUCUAUAUACGGCCAAGAAAAAUAGAAAAAGGAAAGGAAAAGAAAAACUUGCAAAACUCUUGCCGCAAAUCCAGAAAACCACCAUCAAAAUUAGUUUUUGGGCUGCCAGAACAAAUUACGAAAUUGCUACCAGAAAUUACACACCCACAUACACAGUUUUCAGUCCCGACAACCACCAAUUUUCCAGACUCCUCCCUAAACCCAACGAAACCAACCUAACCAACCCACCCAAACCAUCUACCAAAAUGCUCUGCUCAUUAGCGUGAAAAUUUAAUUUAAUUUCCUUCAAUAAACCCCUUAAGUGCUUGCCUUA